CCGUGACCUCUAGCUCUAGCUUGAAAACCAAGAUGUCUUGGGAUGGCAAUGAAAAAAUAGUUUACAAAUAUAUACCACUUAAAUUGUAGCAUAUUCUAAUGUGAACUUUUAUUGCUGUUGCAGGGGGCCACGAUAGUUGAUAUGGCUGUCAUUGUCACGCCUGCCACUGAUUAUGAGCUAGCAGCUUAUGUUUUAGCUGAUCUAGAGCCCAAAGACACAAAACCUUCUGCCCUCCAAAAGGCCGAGGACAUUGCUGGGACCAUGCUGGCGAAAGGAUUUAUCCUUGGUAGGGAUGCACUGGACAAAGCAAAAGCUCUGGAUGAGAAGCAUCAGCUUACAUCAACUGCUACUGCUAGAGCAUCUUCCUUCGACAAGAGAAUUGGUCUAAGUGAGAAGAUCAAUGUUGGUACUUCAGCUGUCAAUGAUAAAGUGAAGGAAAUGGAUCAGAAGUACCAAGUCUCUGAGAAGACAAAGUCAGCACUGGCAGCUGCUGAACAGAGCGUCUCGACUGUUGGAUCCGCCAUCAUGAAGAACAGAUAUGUCCUCACCGGGGCACCAUGGGUAACUGGUGCCUUCAGCAAGGUGACCAGUGCAGCCAACGAUGUUGGUGCAAAGGCUAAGGAGAAAAUAGCAGCUGAGCAGGAGCACAAGAAUGUUGAGGGUGGGUCUGCAGCACAACCAGACAUCCCAGAAGGCCCAACAACACACAGGGAAGUGGACGGUGAAUUUGCAAAGAUACAUGUGUGUAAAUAG